CAUGGGCCGGACAGGCGGCGGCGGCGGCCGGCCACCCGCGGCCACGGCGCCGCAGUCCAUGCUCGCGCAGGACCAGGAUCCCGCCGAGUACGAACCCACCUCCUGCCUGGCACGGACGCCUUCGGGAUCACUCUUCAUUCCCAGCGAUUUGACCAAAGGUCCUGGGUCUCCACAAAGCAAAACAGACUUUCGGACUUCAAACAUCAUCCAGGACGAGACAAAGACAAAUCCGGACAGGCUAGGGUACGGCGGCGCGGCCACCGGCUGGUGCGGGCGGCGGCAUGCCGCUCCGCAACCACGUGCGGCACCCACUGGGACCGGGCCACCACUUCCCUCACUCGCGGAUGCACCUCCGCAAGACGCUCUCGUCGCGGUGUUCCUGGAAGUGCGCCGCCAUCGCAGCCUUCGUCCUCUGUACGGCUCUGGUCAUCGCUCUCGUCUACUUCAUAGUCCCUUUUCUCAGCUGGCAGGGCGGACAGCACCGGUGUCCCGUCGUCAUCGACGACGCGGAAGCGUCCGCUGACGGGGAAGGCUACAAAAGCCCGUCUCUACUGCCUCCCAAGACGUUGCCGCCGAGCAGCAGCGAGUCGUUCGCCGACAUGUCCAUCGGCAAGCGCCACAGUAAAGUGGUGGCCUCGUAUGGUCACUGGAACGUUCAGUUCAAUCAACAGGAGCCCGGACUAGUCAAGUUCAAUUACACGCUACCUACGGGCGCUAGUGUGGGCAUCUACGGACGUCGGAACAGCGUGCCCACCCAUACUCGGUACGACUUCGCGGAAAUACUGUCGGCGCGGGACAGACGACACCGCAAGGCGGCCAAGCAGGAGAGCUUCAGCAUGGAAUUCAUACACUUCUUGGAUCACGGCCGCUGGUACAUUUCAGUCUACAACGACGGAGAUCAGCAGCAAGAAAUCUCUUUCGUCAGCGUGGCCACUGAUGUAUCGAGCCUUCCUUGCCCUUACGACUGUCACGGACAUGGAACCUGCAACAUGGGGAAGUGCGACUGUGACCAGGACUAUGCGGGCGAAUCUUGCGCCUACCGCGUGUGCCCGGUGCUGUGCAGCGGGAGGGGUCAGUACACCAGCGGCGAAUGUGUCUGCCAGCCUGGCUGGAAAGGCCGUGAAUGUCAGCUGCGUGAAGACGAGUGCGAGGUGGCAGACUGUUCGGGUCACGGGGACUGCUUGGACGGCGUUUGCCGAUGCUUUCCCGGUUACAAAGGCGUCCACUGCGAAGAAGUGGACUGCUUGGACCCCGAGUGUUCUGGUCACGGUGUGUGCGUGAGUGGCAUGUGCCUGUGCCGCAAGGGCUGGAAGAGCAACGAUUGCAGUGAGCCCGACAGCGACGCCCUCCGCUGUCUGCCGACUGCUCGGGACACGGGCCAGUUCGACUUGGACCUUCAGCGGUGCGUUUGCGACGACCAAUGGACUGGACCAGAUUGCUCCCAAGAGAAAUGCGAUCUCGACUGCGGCCCACACGGAAGGUGCCAGGGGGGCGAGUGCAUCUGCAUCGACGGUUGGACUGGACUGAAAUGCAACGAGAAGCUCUGCGACAUCCGCUGCGUCGAACACGGCCAGUGCAAGAACGGCACGUGCCUCUGCAUACAAGGCUGGAAUGGUCGGCACUGCACGCUCGAGGGCUGUCCUCAUAGCUGCAACAGUCAUGGAGACUGCAUCAUGUCUGACGGAGACUGGAGGUGCAAGUGCCACAACGGCUGGGAUGGUCCAGACUGCAACGUUCCUAUGGAAAAAACGUGUGAUGACCGCAUCGACAACGACAAUGACGGCCUCACCGACUGCGCCGACAGCGAGUGCUGCUCACACAAGGCCUGCACAAAGAACCCCCUCUGUUUCUCGUCCUCCGACCCGCUGGACAUUUUGCUGCGGAAGCAGCCGCCGGCAGUGACGGCUUCUUUCUUUCAAAGGAUGCAGUUCCUCAUUGAAGAAGACUCGGUGCAGAGUUACGCCAAAAAGGACUCUUUCAAUGACAGUGCGAUACGGAAUCAUUUCAAUGCAAGCCGUGCCUCGGUAGUCAGAGGCCAAGUUGUAAGUUCUUCGGGAAGUCCACUCAAAGGAAUCAGAGUUGGUACUGCUGGAGACGGCUUAAUAGGCUUCACGGUUACAAGAGAUUCCGGAUGGUUCGAUUUGAUGGUAAAUGGUGGCGGAGCAGUGACCCUGCAGUUUCGACGGGACCCCUUCGAUCUUCACGAGCGGACUGUGAUGGUGCCUUGGAAUGAGAUCGUUGUCAUGAAGAAGGUGAUCAUGAGCCUCAGCCAAAACAAGGCACUGGAGAACAGAGGCCUUGCCUGCAGUGACCAUGACUAUGACACCAUGAGACCCGUCGUACUGGCCACCUGGAAGCACGGUUUCCAGGGAGGGUGUCCGGAGAGAAGCGCAGUCCUAGCCGAAUCGCAGGUGGUGCAAGAAAGCAUUGCCAUACCUGGAACUGCGCUGCAUCUCGUCUACCACAGCAGCAGGGCUGGCGGCUACCUGUCCACCAUUCAACUCCAGCUCACUCCCGAAACCAUUCCACUGACACUGAGGCUUAUCCAUCUCAAGAUAUCGAUAGAGGGCAUCCUUUUUGAGAAGAAGUUUGAAGCUGACCCAGGAAUCAAGUUCACUUACGCCUGGAACCGCAGGAACGUUUACAGGCAGAAAGUUUAUGGCGUUGCUGUUGCGACAGUAUAUGUCGGUUAUGAAUACAGCAAUUGUCCAUCCGUAAUAUGGGAAGUGCAAGCGACACAAGUGAGUGGGCAUGACAUGAGCAUAUCCGAAAUCGGAGGCUGGAACCUGGACAUUCAUCACCGAUACAACUUUCACGAAGGUAUCCUCCAGAAAGGAGACGGAACGAACAUUUACUUGAAGAACAAGCCGAAGGUGAUGCUUACAGCCGUGGGCGAUGGUCAGCAGAGGCCGCUUCACUGCCAGCAGUGCAACGGAAUCCCUAAAGAACAAAGGCUGCUGGCACCCGUCGCGUUGGCUUCUUCACCGGACGGCUCCAUUUACGUCGGCGACUUCAACCUCAUUCGACAAAUCACCACUGAUGGCAAGAUUCGCACCAUAGUAGAGCUCAGUGCUGCGCAAGUGGCCUACAGAUAUCACCUCGCCGUCGGCCCAGUCGAUGGCAGGUUGUACCUAUCGGAUCCCGAGAGAUACCAGAUUCUUCAAAUAGUUAGCUACACAGACAUUCCGGACGUGAAGAACAACGUGAUGGUCGUCGUCGGUAAUGGUGCAAAAUGCUUGCCCGGAGACAAGAUGCUGUGCGGCGACGGUAGACCGGCGAGGGAUGCAAAGCUCGCUUAUCCGAAAGGCAUCGCUAUCUCGAUGCAUAACGAAAUUUUCAUCGCCGAUGGCACCAACAUUCGCAUGGUGGAUAAAAAUGGAAUUAUUCACACCCUCAUCGGAGACCACUAUCACAAGAACCACUGGAAACCAAUCCCAUGCACGGGAACAUUCUCGCUCACACAGGUAAACCUUCGGUGGCCGACUGAGCUCAGCAUCAACCCGCUCGACAACUCCCUCCACAUUCUCGACGAUCACAUGGUCCUGCGAGUAACCCCAGACAAACGGAUCAAAAUCGUCGCCGGCCGGCCACUGCACUGUCCGUCGACCGCAGGACGCGAGAGGAGCGACUUCGCCACGGACGUGUUCCUCGAGGCACCUCAGAGCCUCGCCUUCGGACCCAACGGCGACCUCUACAUCGCCGAGUCCGACUCGCAACUUGUCAAUCGCGUGCGCGUGCUGGGAAGUGACGGCCGAAUCAGUCGCUUCGCUGGCGCCGAACUCAAGUGCUCGUGCCUCGAGCUCAACUGCAAGUGCUUCGACGAAGACCACUUCCUCGCGUCCACAUCGAAACUGAGCACUGUGUCGUCGAUAACCGUGACGCCGGACGGCAUCCUUCACGUAUGUGACCAGGGGAACCUACGAGUCCGGUCCGUCACUGCGUCGCUUCCCAAGCCCAACGACCAGCACCUCUACGAAAUCUACUCUCCGGAGACUCAGCAGGUGUACACGUUCAACCGACACGGUCAGCACACUUCGACGCGCAACAUACUCACGGGCAAGGUGAUCUACACGUUCACGUACAACGUGAACACUUCGUUUGGCAAGCUCAAUACCGUGACGGACGCCGAGGGAAACAAGGUCUACAUCCUCCGCGACUACAGCAACCACGUGAAGACCAUCGAGAACACGCAGGGGGCUAAGUGUCAGCUAGAGAUGUCGCGCAUGAAGCUGCUCCAGAGCUUCGUGACGCCGGACAACUUCAAGACCGUGUUCGACUACCACGGCAGCACGGGCCUGGUUCGCAGCAAGAUCGACAGCUCGGGCCGUUCCGUGGUGUACGCGUACGACGAGUACGGCCGUCUGACGGAGGCCAUCACUCCGAGCGGACAGACUAUCCGGCUGUCGUACAACUUGAGCACCAAGGGCGCUUCGGUCACUGUUACACGCGACGGCAAGGACCCAGUGUCGUUGCUCAUCAAGGGCUCCGAUGUCACCACUCGUAUCGGCCUUUCGGAAGAACGAAUCACUCAGACCUCUGAUGGCAGCCUCCUGCUGCUGUCUGAGGACGCCAGCUCGCGAGACAUCGAGACCGUGGCCAAUCCGGUCAUCACCGACCUAAGCCCCGUGUUGGGCGAGACGUUCCCGGUGCCAGCCAAGCUGCGCAUCAGCCUGAGCGAUGAUGUGAACCAGCGCUUCGAGUGGCGCUACUAUCUGCGCCGCGAGGGCAAGGCACGUCAGAAGCAGAUCAUGCAGGUCGGCCGAAAGCUGAAGGUGAACGGUGACAACUUGUUGGCCAUUGAGUUCGACAGGCAGCAAUACAGCGAGACGCUGUAUGACCGCAACCAGCUGGCUCUGCUCACGGUUCGCUACGACUCACUGGGACACCCUCUGAGCUGGCAGCCGACGCAGAACGUCACCUCUGUGACUCUGGAGUACGACCGAUUCGGCCGCUUGGUCCGCUGGGAGCGCGGCCAGCUAAGCGAGAAAUACUCGUUCGACAUUCGCGGCCGCCUUGCCGACGUCCGGUACGCGGACGGAAGCGGCAUCAUGUACAAGUACGAUGAUGGACCCAUCAGCGUGCCGACGGAAAUCAUCCUUCCCAGUGGCAGUCGCUACAUUCUCCAGUAUGAUGUAUCUGGAAGUCUCCAAGCUGUGAUUACUCCAAACGGACACAAACAUGAAAUAGCCACGCAGACAUCGAUAGGAUUUUACAAACUGCUGUACCUGGCGCCUGGCGUGGGACAUCCAUACGUUCUUCACUACAAUGACCGUGGACAAUUGUUAGCCAAAUUCUUCCCUAAAAACAAAGGUCGUGUCGUCUACACCUACACUGACGAAGGAAGGCUGGAAAGCAUCUUGUGCGGCCCUGAGAGAACGGACUUCUACUACCACAACAGCACAGCUCUCAUCAAAAGCAUCACAAAGAAUGUCCCAGGGCUGGACUUCAGGGUUGACUACCGCCACCACGGGUCGCUCCUCAAAGAAGAACGUCACCGCUACAAUAGCCGGAGCGGACUAGACGGGGCGAAGUUCCGAUAUCAGUAUGACCCUCGGCUCUCAUCAGUCGAGGUAGAGAUCAAUGGAAAGAGCACCAUCACGACCAGGUACCGGUACAACAGCGAGUCUGGAACUUUGGAACAAGUUCAGCAGUUCCUCGUGCACAGGCCCAAGCUGAACAGCAUAUUCAUUCAAGAUGAGGCCAGGCAGUAUUCGAAGACCAUUGGCACGGAUACGUACGGGAGGUUGGUGGUACUCGCCAUAACAUUGUGGAACAAGGAAAUCUUCUCACUUAGUCUGCAGUACAACAACAGGAGUAGGAUCAAGCAUGUUCACACCAAGAUAGGCAAAGACCAUGCCAGCCAUACCACCAAUUACACUUACACUGUCGAUGGCUUCUUGGAAGAAGUGUCCGGGGCGCAGUCUUGGAGAUUUAUCUACGACAUCAAUGGGAACAUGAAAAGCCUCUGGGAAGGACCGCGACAGAUUUCUCUGCGACACGACGACGGGGACAGGCUCAUUGGUUAUGGAGAUGUCGAGCUGUACCUUGUUGACGUUCGCGGUUUCAUUGUCCAGCGAGGAGAAGAGAAGUUCAAGUUCAACGCGAUGAGUCAACUCGUCCAUGCCUUUGAGCUACACCAGUACGAGGUUCAGUACGUGUACGACGCGCAGAACAGGCUCAUAGCGCGAAAGGACCACAGGGGAAACAUCACCCAGUUUAUUUACGCCGACCUUCAGCGUCCCAAUGCGAUCACGCACAUGCAUUACCCCAAGGACUCGCUUACGUUCGUGCUCAUCUAUGACACACUAGGUCACCUCAUUUAUAUGCAGCAAGGAAACAACAAAUUCUACGUUGCGUGCGACCACUUGGGGUCUCCCGUCGCAGUCUUCAGCUCCGAGGGGACGAUCAUCAAGGAGAUACAGCGAAAUCCGUACGGCAAGGUGACCUAUGACUCUAAUCCGGAGUUCUUCCUACCCGUUGACUUCCAGGGUGGUUUGAGAGACCCCGUGACCCAGCUCAUUCACUUUGGUGGAAGGGUUUACGAUGCUCUUGGAGUGCAGUGGUUGACACCGAACUGGGAAAGCAUGCCGACAUUACUUCAGAAGCCCUACGACAUCCACCUGUACCGAUUCCACGGCAAUGAUCCCAUCAACCCUGCUCAGGCUGACGGUGGGCACCUGAAUGACUUGCCAGCCUGGAUGGCUGCUCUGGGCUACGACAUGCGGCGAGUGUUGGUGGCUCCGCAAACACGGUGCCCGCCUGACACACGAGUCGGCGCUCCUGUCCCUGAAGCGGUGCCAGUCAUCUCAGGUCUCAGCUGCAUGGCCGACAUCGUGCAGGCCGAGUUCUACCGCUUCUCUACCGUCCCCAAGACGGCAGUGAAGCUGGACAGCAGCAGCUUCCAGCGGCACAUCAACUCUCGCGUCUCCAACCUGCCAUCCGUGCUGGGUGACGGCAUUCUGCUUUCGCGCGGUGAAGCUCACCGCGCCGCCGUGCACGUCGUGAGCGAGUCGAGCCCCAUCCUUCGCGACGUCAUGGUCGCCAUCUUCAACGACACCCUCAUGGUCGACGUCCACUUCUCGCUGCAUGGCCAAGACUCCUUCUUCUUCGUCCAGCCUCAGUUGUCCAAGGCCGAAGAGGACUGGGUCCAGCUGGGCCGCCUGGGAACCAUGUUCAACAUCACUAAGCACGUCGUCGAGAGCGAGGGUGUCGGAGGACCUCGGGGUCAAGUGGACAUCCGCAUGCACAGCACGAGUGUCGUCCUGAACAUCCGCUAUGGCACGUCCCUGCAGGAGGAGCGCCACCGGCUCAUGCGUCAUGCACGCCGACGUGCCGUGGACGAUGCCUGGACCCAGGAGUUGGAGCUCGUCCGCAACGGUCACAAAGGCUCCAAUGACUGGACCAAGGUCGAGCGCGAAGAGCUCAUGGCCACGGGAAUGGUGGCGCGGUACUUCGGCACGGACGUGCACGACAUCGAGAAGUACCCCGAACUUGCCGACGACCCGAGCAACGUGGCGUUCCGCAAGGAGAACUCGAGAAAACGCAGGGGCAAGACGCGCCGGACCCGGCUCAAGCCGGAUGCCUAGGGUCACUGCCUCGUAUUCCUAUUUCAUUAAGAGAAGACAUAGGUCUCUAUUUUCAAUUCUUGUCGUCAGCCGGUUUGCUGUGAGCGAAGCCGUCGACGGGAAUCGGCGCCGGCUUGUGCAUGUCAUCAGUAGGAAGGAAGACGGGCGAAGUGAAACAAAUUACGGACUGCCCAUCGUUCAAGCGUUUUUGCCGAUCGUCUGCCUGACUGAACCACUCGUGCGAGUGUGACUGAAGGAAAUGCUCUUCAUGUUUUUGUUUCUCGCGUUUUUUGAAGAAACAGGUGCCGCAGGCAGUGCCUGACUUUGUCACUACUAGUCCACCGAAUUUUUUUCGGCGUGUUCUUUUUUUCUCCUUUAACCUUUCGUUGACAUUUGUGCACUCACUUUCGCCAGCGCCGAUGAAGUGUUCGUACUAAGCUGUCAUUAUGCGCUCUUCUUUACUACAAAUUGUAAAAAUCCCCCCUCCCCCAUGUGUUUUCACAUGACAAGCUCUCACUCAUUUUCCAAUUUUGUGCAAUUUUUCUCUUUACUUUUGUAAUAUAUUAUACAUACAUGUAUACAUACGUUAUUAUACUCUCAUCCCAGAGCAGGCUCAUAGCAUUCGACUGCCAUCCUUCGACCUGUUUAUAUGCUCAAUUGCUCUUUAGUUUUGCUGAGCUUCACAAUUAAACAAAAGAGGUGACAUUUUAACGCAGUUGGCAUUUUUUGUUUUUUUUUUCUGAGGCACAUCAAGACUGUAAAUAUGAGAGAAAAAAAAGAAGGCCAUAUGUCCUCGAACCCAGUCCAUGAAAGAACAAGGUGUUGUUCCGUUUUCUCUGUGUAAGAACACUGCAAUUCGCAGUCGCGAAUCGCAAAACAAACUCUCGGUCCAUUUUCAGGGUAUUUCGUGCCCUAUGACCUGGUGUGUCCUCUGGACAACACGAGACAAGGACACGCUGUACAUUUUUUCCUUCCUACGUGAGUUUCUCUGUCGAUGUCGAACUGCGUGAACUCUUCAACUUUCUCGAGUGGUUAAAAAAAAAAAGCGUUUCGAGACGGGCGUGAAUGACACUUCCAAAGGUGCUUUUUUGGGGUCUCCGACGUGGGUUCUCAGUUUUAGUUUGCGUGUGUGUUGCUUGGGGAUUUUCGCCGCUUCCCCAGCUGGUCCCGCCACGCUGACAUCCGGCGGUGCGACCGUGGGGCGGAUGAUUUGUGCGUACCUAAGUGUGCUGCUUUUCGGUUGGUUUGUGACAUGAAGUGCCUUAUAUGAGAGCGUCCCUUUAUUUGUCCUCUGUGCCCCGAGCCUAUUCUCUCCGAAUCUCCUUGCCUUCGAGAUCUCUGUGUCCUAAGCUGUCGUUUCGGCUCCUAUACGGGGUUCUGUUCGUGUUCAUACCGACGUGAGCGUGCCCUCUGUUCCUCGUCUCGAUGUAGUGUCGCUCCGCAUCCCGCCUCUAAGUGUUGACAGAGCUUCGUGUAUACGUCGACGUGGUUUUGAGCUCGCGAGGCCCCGUAUGAACGGUCCGCUAGGUGAUUCACUCGUUCCAAUCAAGUCGGUGUCGUCGUAAGCGGUGGAAAGGCGCUUCAUCUGCGCCCAUCAUCUUUUCUUCGCCUAUCUCAGUUUAGUGCGAAAGUUUCGACGGUUCGUGGCUGUUUUACAAAGAGAGAUUCAUAGAUGUGCUCUUAAUUUAGAACAAAAGAUUAUUCGCAAUGGUCUAUAAAUAUGAAAAAAAAUCACUUCGGACACUUCGUCACUGCUGAUAAUGGACUUUCGGUGCAGAAGUAACUUCAUUCAGCCGAGUAACCACCUCGGCCCAGGUGUUAAGAGUGGCGUGAUCGUUUGAUGGACAAUGUAUAUGUGUAUGUAUCUGGCACUGUGCUACUGUGCGGCUGACAGCCGUGAGAACAAUCUCGGGCACCUUUUACUGCAGACGAUAGAGCGUCACGAUUAUUCGUAUAGGGGGGGGGGGGGGUUAAGGGGGUAAGACAAGCGCUCCUUUGGAGAGAAGGCACGUAGUUACGCCAGGAAUCAGCAUCCCGGUUGUGGAACAAGUUGUCGCUUAGAGGUGCCAAAAUCCGCGUGGUCUCCCGAAUGGCGAGAGACGACGCGCCCUUGCAUCCAGUUCUUGUUGACGUGUGUGUGAGAGCGUGCCAGUUGAAUGCGUGCGUGGUUGCUUGUUUGUGCGUGUAAGUGCGUGUGUUUGUGGUCGCGAGGUGUCUCUGCUUGUGGCACUAAACUACUCUGCCGCCCGCCCCCCUGAGAAGCGGAAAAGAGAGAGCGAACUGAAAAGCAAACGGAGAAUACGUACCAUGCCACCUUGAUUUACGGUCGAUGUCUCUUCGAUGUGUGCUGCGCGCUGUCUCGUAUUUCGACGUCCUCAUGCAGGAGCCCCCUUUAUCGCCGCGCAUGCGCGAUACGGUGUGGUGGGCGUCCGAGCGUGUACAUAAAACUGAUAUGAGACCGUGUGUGGCAUCUAUAUUCCGUGUGAUAACACGCUGUGGGAGAUGGCAUGACUGUGAGAAAAAGAGUCGCGACGAGAUUAUUGAGAUUUGUACUUAAUCUAUACUCAUAAAAGAAUAAAAAUGUUUACAUACUCAAA